AUGCGGGCUUCCCUCUUUGCCAUGGCGGCCAUGGUUGCUGGCACUUAUGCCCAGCCAACCUGUCCCGCAGCGGCGACCACCACGGUCUUCAUCACGGUUGACUCCAAUAACGACCCUAGUCCCUCGAUCGUUCUUCAGACUGUCACUGCAACCGUUCCCUUCUCUGCCCCUUCCCCUUGGUCUCCUGCCCAGUCUGGUUCCCCCGGUCUUCCGGCCACUCUCACUGUCACCAUUGACAGCUACGAUCCCCCUCCUGGAGGAUCUCAAUUCACCGGCCCCAAGCCUUGGGAGUCUUCCCCUGCUACAGGUGCUCCUGUCACUGUUGUCACUGCUACUGUCUACUCUCCUGGUUCCGGCGACCCCAACGGUGGUUCCCCUGGUUCCCCUGGUAACUCCGUCCCUGGUGGUCAAGGAACGACGACUGUUACGCUUCCUGGCCCUCCUGGCGUUCCUUGGAACCCUUCCCAGUCUGCUACCACCGACUGCCCGUUUGCCACUAAUGACCCCAACGGCUCUGGCAGCAACACUGCGGGUGUCACAGUGAUCACCACGACGCUGUACAAGACAGACGUCAAUCCAAGUCAAGCUACACCCGCCGUGGACUCCGUUGUUGCAACCUUCACGGUCACAUUCCCACAGCCUGCCGCUACUGGGUCUGUUCCUGGCUCUGCUGCAACCGACGGUGCUGUCGAUCCUGCAUCUGGCGAGCUGUUCACUUACACCUUGACUGCGCCCGCUGCCACUGGCCCUGCCGUCACCAACGCUCCUUCUGACCCCCAUAACGGCAAUGGGGGUUCUGUCACUGAUUUCACCACCACUCUCUACCGGACUCGUCCUGACUCUGGUCAAGGAACGCCUGUCGUCGACACACUUGUCACCUGCUUCUCUGUCACUUUCCCUUCUGCAACCGGCACUGGACCAGUCACUGGUGUCCCUGCAGCUUCAACUCCCGCUCCGGGAAGCCCUAGCAGCGGCGGCUCUGUUAGCACCACGACUCGCUACAUUCCCACCAUGGUUCCUGGUCCCGAUGGUUCCUUGAGCUACUCCGUCCAAACCGUUGUGUCGACAUUCACAGCUCCCACUCCCGGCUCUCCCUCUACAGGAAGCUCAGGUGUCACAACUGUCUAUCUUCCUGCUAGCCCUGCUGGCGCCACCACCGUGGUUGUCCCUGCCGGUCCUGCGGGCGGUUCAGCUGGAGGGGCUUCAACUGUUGUCACCACGACUCUGUACGCUUCUCAGCCAACCAUUGGCAAUGGAAACCGACCUACUGAUCCUUCGGACCCGGGCAACGUUGUCGUCUUCACCUUGACAGUUCCCCAGUCUCCUGCCGGUGGGGCCUCGACUUACACCACCAUUCUUCCUAGCAUCCCGGGAGAUGAUGGUUCUGCUAGCCCCAGCUCUGUCUCGGUUUCCACUGCUACGAUUGUCCUGACGUUGCCGACGCCUCCUACAACCCCCGGAGAUACCACUCCUCCUACAAUCCCCGGCGGCUACGGUGACCCUGUGCUCCCUGGUGCAUCUGGAAAUCCUUCGACUGGUAUUCCCGGCUCAAGCACGCCUGGCUCUGGCACCCCUGGCUCAGGCACCCCAGGCUCAGGCACUCCUGGCUCAGGCACUCCAGGAUCUGGUACCCCCGGCUCAGGUGCUCCGGGCUCAGGCGCUCCCGGAAUUCCGGUCACAAUCACAGUUCCCGCAGGUGUUGGCCCUACGGGCACCAACGGUCUUCCUGGUGGUGGAGUUCCCAUUACGCUCACCAUCCCCGCGGGCGGUGUCUCCCCUACGGAUACGAAUGACCUGCCUGGAGGUGGAAUCCCCAUCACACUCACAAUUCCCGCGGGUGGUGUUUCCCCGACAGAUACGAAUGGUCUUCCUGGCGGCUACACUGAUCCGGCUCAGACUGGCGUCCCCCCCUUCGGCGGUCUACCUGGACCACAGAUCACUGUCACUGUUGCUCAAGGAGCUCCUGAUGGGAGCGUUCCAUCCACUGGCGCUGCUGGCGUGCCAACUUCAGUCAUUGGUAGCUACUCUGUCCCUAUCGACCCUGCAACUGCUGCUGCCGGCUCUGAGAACUCGCCUACUGGCAUCACUCUCUGGCCGGCGCCAUCGACGGUUGACAAUGCUCUUCCUGGCGCUGCAACCUCGACUUCAUGCACCAGCUCCGAGACCACCACAUCCACGACUGUGCUCACAACCAGUUUUAUCAACGUCGUCGCCGAUGAGACCACCACGUACACGUUCCCUUACGAGUCUCUUGUCACAAAGGUCGAUACCAUUGUCGCAUCAGCCUCAGAUGUAGCUGUCACGGGCGGCGCCGUAACUGGUGGCGUUGUCACUGGCGGUGCUGCUGGCUCUGCCGUUGUCUCCACCAUCAUUGGUGUUUCCACCAUUCUCGGAGUCUCUACCAUUGCUGGUGUCUCCACAGUCGGCGGCCCUGCCGUAACCGCAUCCACGGCCGAAGCUCCUGCUGUCACCGUCUCUCCUGCCGUCACUCCCGCUGUCUCUACUUGGCAGAGUGUCGUCGUUCAGAGCUCUGUUGUCCAGAUUUUCACCACCGGAGUCUUCACCUCUCUUGUACAACCUGGCGGGGUUCAGAGGCGUUACGUCAACACAACUGCAACCUUCAGCACACCCACACUGACGCCUGUUGCGACGCCCAUCUGCACUGGCACCACCGAGGUCGGCAACCAGGUCCUCGAUUUCGAUGACGUCUCGUCUGGCCCGCUCUUCAACCCUUACCAUCGGUUCUGGUUCUCCAAGGGCUUCCUUGUUGGUCCUCCUCCGCUGAUGCCAUUCCUGCCCUCCUCUGGCGGCCGUCUCGUGGAGUUUGUGCCUCCCGUUCUGUCAAACACGUCUUCAGACGACGUCUCUGGCGACACUGCGCAGAUCGGCAUGGGAAAGCUGGCGUCUUCUCCUUGCUUCCAAUUUGACUUCUUCGGCAUGAACCUGGGUUGCCACUCCGACUCCGUGGUUCACAACCAACUAUGUGUCUUCACUUUCACUGGAUACAGAUGGGAUGCAACCAACGCCACCGAGACAGAAGCUGUCAGCCAGAAAGCUUGGGUCAACGCUUGCAACCAGUCUUCCGGCUGCCCACUCACGCCUUUCUCAGCUGUCGAUUUCACCGACCUCAGCUCCAUCCUGAUCACUCUGCAAGUCGAUGGCAAGCCUCAGGUUUGGUGGUCUGAUGACAUCCGCGUCGGCUGGAGCAAGAAUGAUUGCGCGACCGCCAAUUGUCGACAGCAGUUCCAGCCAGAGAACCUUCAGCUCCAUACAGGUCCCUUCUUCUACUGGACCAGCUCCGGCCUGAGGGUUCUGUCUUCGUCCAGAAUUAACCGGGGUUGAGUGUUCAGGAACACAUGAUGAUUACAAGAAUGAGUGCAGAAAUGGUGGAUUGAGAACUGUUGUGUUGCUACACGAUUUGAUCCGAAUUUCUUGGGCGGUUCAUUGCGAGCCGGGAUGUGUGCUGAAAUGACCAUGGGAGAAAGGACCACCUACACCUAUGUAUGCUAUUGCUAAUAUUCUACAUGAAUGAUUUUGGAGGUCCCAUAAUAUUGUCCUAGUCUCACCCCGCUUUCAUGUGUUG